AUGGCUGAGCCGCCGCCGCCUGCAGCGCCCGCCGAGCCGCAGCCCGCGCCUGCAGAGCCCGACAGCGACUGCGCGCGCCCAAGCUCGAGCCACGGCGAGCCCGAGGCCACCACCGCUGUGAAAGACUUUGACCCCGCCGCUCCCGACGACCCUGUUCCCCAGGAAGACGCGUCGCAGGGUCCGUCGCGCGAGGGCACGCCGCCGCCGCUGCCGCCGCGCCCGCGCAAUCUCACGGCGAAGGCGUCGACCGACUCGUUCCGCUUCAGCGCCAGCGCCAACGGCUCGCCCCGGCCCACGCUGCAGUCCAAGGCCACCACCGCCCUGUCCAUCCAUGAUGUGCAGUCAUACAGCGAAACGCUGCGUGAUGUCAUAGCCUCGCCUGCCUCGCGCCACUUCAGCUUCUCCAGCGGCGCACGCCCUGGGCCCAGCACCAGCGGCAGCGAGACGGGCGAUGCCACGAGCGUGAAGAGCUAUGUCCCGACCCUCGAGGCCGGCGCGGAUGUAGAGAGCAUACUCGGAGAGGUCAUGUCCGAGCAGGAAAGUUCGGUGUGGAGGUCGCUGGGCGGUGACUUUCCCAAUGUAGACAAUGAGGCGGCGCUGUUUCCGGAGAACCCUUCAUUCAGGCGGGCCUUCGAGCGCGAGUUUGAUGAGCUGGAGGAAUUCAAGGCAGACGGUUCCAACGAAGAAACUUUAACGUAUCAAUGGAGAUCCAAAUUGAAGCACUUCCUGAUUCUGUCCUCGGCCGGAAAGCCCAUAUACAGCCGCCACGGUGACGACCAGCUCAUUGCAAACACAAUCGGCGUCGUGCAGACCAUCAUCUCCUUCUACCAAGAUGCCGAUAACGUGCUCAAGGGAUUCACUGCUGGCGAUGCGCGUUUCGUCGUCCUGUCCAAGGGCCCACUGAAUCUGGUUGCCAUCAGCAAGCUUGGUGAAAGUGAAGGACAGCUGCGCACGCAGCUGGAGUCGUUGUAUAUGCAGAUCCUCUCAACGCUCACCCUGCCAAGUAUGGAACGCAUGUUUCGUGCCAGGGCAUCCACCGACCUGCGCAGGCCGUUGCAAGGCACGGAAACGCUCCUGUCGGCCCUCGCCGACGGCUUCACACGAGGCUCGCCGUCAACCCUCCUGUCUGCACUUGAAUGCUUGCGUCUGAGAAAAUCACACCGCAAAGUAAUUGACAACACGCUGCUGCAAACGCGCGCCCCCAACCUUCUGUACGGACUGCUCGUCGCAGCCGGGCGCCUCGUCAGUGUGGUGCGACCGAAAAAGCACUCUCUUCAUCCCGGUGAUCUCCAGCUCAUCUUCAAUAUGCUUUUCGAGGCAGGUAGCGUGAAGGCUGCGGGUGGAGAGAACUGGAUCCCCCUGUGUCUUCCGGGGUUUAACAACACCGGAUACCUCUACAUGUAUGUCAGCUUUAUAAACGUCAACGAAAGCAACCUGGACCGCACUGCCGAGCGACCCUUGUCUUCGUCUGGACAGGAAGAUGAGGUUGCAAUACUUCUCAUUAGCGCAAACAAAGAGAGCUUCUUCGAGUUGAGGGAGAUGCGGGACCAACUAGUCAGCCAACUCGAGAAGAAUGGCGGCCUCCAGUCCAUCCGGACAGCCGUCAAUCGCGGCCGAUUCUCGUGUACAGAUAUCGUACCGGGCACAGUACUCCGGCAUUUCAUCUACAAGUCCCGUGGCAACGUACAGUUCACUAUGCCAUCGUAUGAACCUUACUUUACCACAGCCCUGGACCGCCGCCUUCUCAUUAGCCUCUAUGCACAACUUCACUCACAUCUGCACACUCGGCCCACCCACCUCAAGAUUCACCAUGGUACAAGCACACAUCACAUCAGCCUCGCGUGGACGACGCCACUCUUCGAACUGUACGCCAUUGCGCCUGGAACAACAUCUCGCGCAGCAUUAGCACAGGCCGCCAAUAAGGUCAUACAGUGGGUAAAGCGAGAAGAAGAACGCGUCUUCAUCAUUGGUGGCGCGGUAUUUUGA